GGAAAAGAGUGCUGGACUUGAAAUCUAGAGACCUGUGUUUGAAUCUCAGCUCCAAUGCUUAUAAGCAGUGCAAAUAUGGAUGAAAUCAUUGGGGGUGAAGAAUCAAAACCACAUUCCCGCCCUUACAUGGCGCUUCUGGAAAUCCAGAAGUAUGGUUACCAAUACCGCUGUGGUGGGUUCCUGAUUCGGAGGGACUUUGUGAUGACAGCAGCCCAUUGUGCAGGAGACUCCAUCACAGUCAUUCUUGGAGCCCACAACACCACAAAGAGAGAGGCGACUUGGCAGACCCUUAAGGUAAAGCAUCAAUUUCCUCACCCAGGAUACAACCCAUCCAAGAUUAUCCAUGACAUCAUGUUACUAAAGCUGGAAGAGAAAGCCAAACUGACUAUGGCAGUGGGGACUCUCCCCCUGCCCUCAACAUUCAAUUGUAUCUCACCUGGAAGAAUAUGUCGAGCAACUGGCUGGGGAAGGACAGGAGUAAUAGCCCCAGUAUCAGAAACUUUACAGGAGGUAAAACUGAGACUAAUGGAUCCUGUUAACUGCAGAGGGUAUCACGAUUUUGAUGAGAAAUUCCAGUUGUGUGUGGGAAACCCCAAGUCGAUUAAAUCAGCUUACAAGGGAGAUUCUGGAGGACCCCUCAUUUGUUCUGGUGUGGCCCAAGGCAUUGUCUCCUAUGGACGAUGGGAUGCAAAACCUCCUGCCGUCUUCACUCGAAUUGCCCAUUACCGCCCCUGGAUCAAUCAAAUCCUAAAAUCAAAUUAGCUCUGUGGCCUUGGCUCAGCUAAAGGAGUGUCCAUCCUAGGGCCGAACUAUCCAUCCUCUCUAUACCCCUCACACUAGGACUGCCCCAGUGUCUGCCCAGCUUCAUCCCAGAGCCAAAGGUGGGGAUGGGGAUUGGGGGUUAGGGUAGGGAGGUAAAGAGUGUCCAACUGGACACUGUACUGAAAGUUAUGACUUCAA